AUGGCGCUUAGCGUCGAACCAGACGCACUCGACACGCUCCUGUCGUUGCAGCUUCGCAUUGUGGAGGAGCAGCUCGGCCGUCGCCGUGCCACGGAUGGUGCAGGCGACGUCUGGCAUCAGGAGCUUGCGGCGAGGCAGAAGCGGCUUGACGAACUCGACCGGCAGAAUGCGAGGAUGGCCCAGGAGUUGGAUCGCGCCGUUACGCAGGGCCCGCGCGCGCGGCCGCCGCCAGCGCCGCCGCCGCAGCCACCACUAGACACCGAGCUCAAAGCGAUGCUCGAAAAGUCUGUUGGCCUGCACAAUGAGCUCAUGGAGAACUUGCGUGCUGGUGCUGCUGAAGAGGAGCGGCGGCGGCGAGAGGCAGCGGAGGAGGAGCGCCUCUGGCGGGAAGAACUCGAGACGGCGGAGAACAGCAAAAUGUCAGACGAUAUUGACGAAGCUGGCCGAGACCGAUAUGUACCACCACCGCCGCCACCCUCGCAACCGCAACCACUGCACGGCGAGGGCGGCCAGGGCGCUGGCGAGGAGGCAGCGGAGAAGCUGCUGGGAGAGAUUGACGCGGCGCUUCAAGACGUCGACCUCUCUUCCGACUCAGAAGCCGACUUGGACGAGGCAGGGUCGCCUCGAAAGCAAGACGCGACACCAGCAGGAAUCACUGACGAGCCGCCUGGUGGCUCACCAUUGCCGCGUGUGCCGCCACGGCGGGCAGGCUCCGAGGCCUCUUUGAGUACCUUCGACCCCGAGGAGGAGGAGGAGGACGCCCCCCCACCUGAGGCCGAGGUAUCGGAGGUGCUUCUCUCUUUCGUCCAAUGCGCGAUUCCUUGGCUAAAGCGAGCGGUGCGACCCGUGGUCUCCUCCAUGUUGCGUGACGCGUCGCUGCAGCUCGACAUGGUCGGCGAAGCUGCGGGGCUCGCCCGCGGCCGACGCUUCACGCUGCGCCCGUCCACAAAGCCAACGGCCGAGAUUGACAAGCAGUGCUCAAAACUGCGCGUGCGAACUAAGGCGCUUCUAGAAGUGGUGCUCGAAGCGCUGUCCGAUGCUCCUGCGCCAAUGCUCGGCCACCUACGCUAUCUCACCUCGCGGCGGCUACACUGGCCCAACGACGCCCUGAUGCCGUCCGUUGCUGGGACGCUCGAGCCGCACCACGAUGGGUCCUCUUCGCCCACGGCCACAUCGCCGCUUGCCAUCACGAUGCAGCUGCUCAUUGUGCGCGUGCUGUGCGAGGAGCUGCUGCUGCGGCCGCGGGAGAACGCGCUGGCUAAGGCACUCACGCCGACGCGUCAGGCAAACCUCAAAAUGGUGGCCUGCCUCACCCUGGUUGUCUUUGUCUGCGCGCGGAACGGAACCACCGACGUCACGCGAGUGCAGCGUCUGCUGGAAGCAGAGGAGCCGGCCGGCAGUGUGGCUGUUCCGUACUACUAUGGGAAUCCUCGGCGCUACCAGAAGGAGCUCGGCCGGCUGGUCGAGACGGGGCUCCCGCGGCUGCAAGAGUGGCUGCGUGAAGCGCCCGAGAUUCUCUCUCGGUUCGCAGAACGAGUCCUGUUGAUGGCGCAGCGUGACGCACCGGCGGCAGAAUUGGGACGAAACCCUUGA